CGCGAUGGCGUCCAACUGGAUAAUUCCGCUUCAUUCAAGUCUGUGAUACGAAAGCAUCCAGUCCUCAAAUUCCUGAGCUUGCACCUCAGGUUUCGCCACAACAUUUAUAUUCCACAUCAAUGGCCCGAAUAGCUAUAUUAGCCUUGUUGGUGGUUGCAUUCGUCACUCUCGUGGCAAGCUCACCACCGACAUUCUGCAAAUGCACCUGCUUCAAGAAUAGCACCAUCAUCCCGCUCGGCACGGGUCACGUGCCAGCAAACCCCCCGCCUGGGCCCCAGCCGACGGGGACGGCGACAGCGACGGCAACAGCCACCGCCGUGAUGCCCACCGACAGCCCCGACGGCCAAAAGAAGCCAGCGGUGCUCCUACCGCGCGCCGCCUCGUCCUCUUGCACCCAGUGCAAUCGCGCCUUCUGCCUGCAAUACAACCUGCCCAUCUGCAAGGGCGCCGAGGAGAAGGACGUGGUGACGCAGUGCUUCUCCCGCGACUCGCGCAAGGAUCAGCUCAUCGUUUGGGCUUUCAUCCUAGGCACCGGUGGCCUGCUGGGCUGGGCUGGCCUGAAGCGCGCCCUCGAGCACCAGCAGCAUAGGCGCGACGCCGCUGGGGGGAUGGGCAUCGGCGUGCCUGUUGGCAGUGUCGGCAGGUCCGGCGGUGUGGGGGCGUCUAGGAGGGGUGGUGGUGGUGGUGGUGCCGGUGCAGGGCAGGGUGAUAGGGGGGAUUUUGUCUAUGUCGAUGGUGAUGCGGAUCAAGGAGAGGGGAUGAGCUCGGGGGUCAGGGCGGCAGGGCGAUGA